AUGCUGCCCUUCAUCUUCAUCAUUCUGCCUGGCAUGAUCAGCAGAGCGCUGUACCCAGACUCAGUAGGUUGUGUAGACCCAGAAGAGUGUGUGAAGGUGUGUGGUGCUGAGGUGGGAUGCUCUAACAUCGCCUUUCCCAAACUGGUCAUUGAGCUCAUGCCAAGUGGUCUGCGUGGGCUGAUGAUCGCGGUGAUGAUGGCGGCUCUGAUGUCAUCGCUGACGUCCAUCUUCAACAGUAGCUCCACCCUCUUCACCAUGGACAUCUGGAAGAAGUACCGUCGCCAUGCCAACGAGAAGGAGCUGCUGCUGGUGGGCAGGAUCGUGACGGUCAUCUUGGUGGUCAUCAGUGUGGUGUGGAUUCCGAUCCUCCAGACGUCCAAUAGCGGUCAGCUCUACGUCUACAUCCAAUCAGUGACCAGCUAUCUGGCCCCGCCCGUCACUGCCGUCUUUGUGCUCGCCGUGUUCUGGACCCGCACCAACGAGCAGGGGGCGUUCUGGGGCCUGAUGGUGGGCCUGGUUGUCGGGGUAACGCGGAUGCUGCUGGAGUUUGCGUAUCCUCCCGGGGCGUUCUGGGGCCUUAUGGUGGGCCUGGUUGUCGGGGUAACGCGGAUGCUGCUGGAGUUUGCGUAUCCUCCUGGGGCGUUCUGGGGCCUGAUGGUGGGCCUGGUUGUCGGGGUAACGCGGAUGCUGCUGGAGUUUGCGUAUCCUCCUGGGGCGUUCUGGGGCCUGAUGGUGGGCCUGGUUGUCGGGGUAACGCGGAUGCUGCUGGAGUUUGCGUAUCCUCCUGUGCGCUGUGGCGUAUUUGACUCCGCCCCCUCAGUGCUGCGCUCCGUUCACUACCUGCACUUUGCCAUCAUCCUCUGCGCCCUCACCACCGCCGUCGUCAUGACGAUCAGCCUGCUCACACCACCACCGCCGCCCGAGCAGCCUCCGGUGGUUCAGUGA